UGUGUAUUUGUGAUGGCACUCACUCUAAUUCCUGGAUCCUCUUCCUUCUAUACGGAGUCAUGACAAGCAGCACGGUUGGUGAAGAUGGGCCAUUUCCCCCAGCAGAACUCAUGUUUCCUUUUCAGAGCAUAAGCUGACCUCAGAGGAACAUGUGUCCAGUGGUCAAUAAAGCCGCUUCAAUUCCACCAUCAGUCACCCUAAGGAGCAACACAGGGAGACUGUCUUUAGGGAGGAGAUGUAUUUGGAAAAUGAAAAGGCCUCAGGAACUGGGAAUGGCCCGUUUGACAUCAUCUCACUGGAGCCGAUGCCCGAGCAUUGAGAAAAGCUAUGCUAUACCUGAGCUGAAUGUCAUACAAAUCUGUUUCUAUUUGGAUUGGACAACAACGGAGCUUGUUUGUGGGGAAAAGCCAAGGUCCUCAAAGAGAUCCAAUGAAGGUGUUUAUCAGCUGAAGCUCAGAAUCUGCCUGCUGCAAGACUGUCUUCCUUCCCCAUGGAUAUCGCCCGUAUUUACCAUCAGUUGAUGACAUAAAGGACCAGCGGAUGUGGGCAGGAGAAAAAGGUAACAUGCUGAACAUAUAGUAUUUGCCUGUAUCACACUUGUCCUUAUUCCAGUAUACACAAUACUGCAGGCUGGCGGGUAUUUAUGCUAGGUAACUACGGUUUUAUUGCACCUUUCCUUUAAAGCGAAGAAAGGCGUUGACCGGUCUAGGUGAGACCUCGGCACAAAUUCCUUUGAAGCACCCGGGGAAAUCAAAGGAAUGUUUUUUGAUCCAGAAUUGAUGAUCAAAGGUUUCGUCAGGCCAUCAUUUGAUCAAAAUUAUAAAUUCUGAGGCACCGGUUUGGCGCUGGAAUGAGAUUUGAUUUUUGAUAGCAGUCAAACCAAUUCCUGAAUCUUUUUUUUUUUUUUUUCUCGAUGGAGUCAUGACAUCACUGGUGAAGAUCAGAUACCUGUGAGCAUCAGCCAAACCCAGAAUCCCGUAUGUGAACCAUCAUCGACGGCCCAAGAUGGCUGCACUGAUUAAGCCAGGACAAAAUGUUUGGGUCGCACCAAAAGCACAUGAAGAUGCUUUACAAAAGACUCUGAUGAUUUUGCCCCAGCAGAACUCUCUUUCCUCCCCACAUCAUCCGUUUCCUGAGGACAAACUGACCGCAGUGGAAAAUGUGUCGUGUGAUCCAAAAAGCAGCCUUAACUCCACGAUCAGUAAGGACAACCAACGGGACACUUUCUUCAGGGAGAGGGUGUAUUUGGACAAUCCAAAAGCCUCCGAUUCUCAGAUGGUGGUCAGUUUGAUGUCGUCCCACUGGAGCCUGAGUUCGUAUCUGAAGCUUGACGAAAGCCUGAGCAGCAUGGAGAGCUGCACGCCUGAACUGAAAACCAACGGGUUUCAUUUGGACGGGACAGCGCCGGAGUUUGGUCAUGGGAAGAGGUUUCUGUCUGGAGAGAGAUCCAGUGACGGUGCUUAUCAGAUGAAGCUUGGCAUCUCGCCUCUGCAGGACUGUCUUCCUUCCCCACAGAUCUCGUCUUCACCCAUGCCGUCAUGCUCAUCGGACUUUGCGUUGUCUGAGAAAAUGACCACCAACUCACAGCCAUCAGUCAACAACACAUUCAGCUGGAGAUCGUGGAUUGCAAAGCAGGAACAGAAAGACCCUUUGUUUGAGGAGAAACUGCGACAGGAAGCUCAAAAGGCAAUAGAUUCCCAUAGCGUGGCUCGGUUUCUGUCCAGCAGCUGGAACCAAAGCCCAUACAGUAGCUUGGAUGACAUCUUGAGCAGCGUCGACGGGUUCACUCCGACUGAGUUGAGGGAAUUGUGCCCCAACAGAGGGAUGAUUAAAAGCGCAGCCCUAGAUCAAAGUGAGCCUGAUGCAAAGGAACUUGAUGCUGUGGAAAGAAAACAUCUACCUCACUUAGAACAGGAGACUCUUGCCUCUCCGGACGGACGAUUCCCGGCGGCUGAAGAUGCCGAGGAGUUUUUGCUCAAAACUGACAAGAACGUAGAAGUCUGUGAGUUAAGCAGUGAAACCAGAUGGAGCAGAGACAAAGAACUUGGGUCAGGUGAUGCAAGAGAGACAGACACUCCUGUUGAGCGCAUGGAUCAGGACAGUCUUCACUUGCUUAACGGAGAUAUGCUGCUCCACAAGCAGGGCGCAGCGAAUGCUCAAGGAGAUGGUGCACAGCACAAUCAUUCAUUUUGUCCUAAAGAACUCACCCUCUCCUCAUCCUUGCAUGACUCCUUACCUUUACCGUCAUGGGACAACAACAUCUCCUCAGAGCUCAAAGAACGGAUUUGCCCUAACUCUACUAUGAGAAAGCCCAUUUGCCUGACCAGCUGGAACACCAUAAAAGAGCAAAAGAAUCAUGUUGAGGAAAGAUUUUCUCAGAAACGUACUGAUAAUCGCGUUGAUAGGGACCUGAAGGUUCCCAUCAGGAGCAUGAGCCCCCACAUCUAUUCAGACACGUCCCCGAGAAGUAGUGUGAGGCAAAACACGAUAGAAAUAAACGGACUAAACUGCAAGGGAGUGCAGAUGAAUGGUAAAGUUGCAUGUGCUAGUCCAGAGGAGAUCCAACCUAGUGCACAGUUAACUCAUGAAACAUCUCCCGCCCAGAUGCCGAUCUCCUAUCCAGAGCUGUUGUCUUUGUCUUUCCACUCGUGUGAUUUAGCUGAGCAAGAAGCGGCCAGCCGGCUCACACCCUCCAGCGUGCCCAUGACCUGGGCCUCAUGGAUUGCAAGAGAGGCGCAGAGGGAUCCUUUAUUUGAGGAAAAGUUAUACCAGGAAGCCCAGAAGGCAGCUGACACCCAUGGUGUCGCCCAGCAAGGAGAAUCUUGCGUCAGCCAGAGCCCAUACCUAAGUUCAGAUGACACUCUCAGCAGCGUCGACCGAUUCACUCCAAUGGAGCUUCGGAUGCUGUGUGUUGACAAAAGCCUCACAAGUGAACAGUGCAACAUAGGUCAGAUGGAGGACUUGACAAACGCUCCUGACCAUAGAGAAUGUGUUUCUCUGCCCCAGCAAGACACGGUACGGUCACCCCGGAGUUCAGAACACUCUGCUUCACUGCUGCCUCCACAGGACCCUGGUUCCUCUGAGCAGGAGUGGAGAAUAAGUCCUGACUUGACUGUUACCGAUUCUAUGAGCCAGAAGUCCUGGACUGCUGAUGAGAAACAGGUGGACUUUGAAUAUGGUCAGGAGGCUGAAAAGGGUGAAUGUGUGGCUGAGCCUGCAGACCUGUCUACCAGCAAGACGAUCAGCCCAGAUCUCUCUUUGCAUGACUCUUUAGGUUUUACAUCAACGGAGCUCCAACCCGUAAAAAGUUUUGUUCAUAGUGUACGGAAAACACAUGAAAAGGUGACAGAGAAAGAUGCAGCAGUUUUACACCAGGAAGAACCACGCUGUUCAUCUCAGUGGUCAUCUUCCGCCACGCCAAGCCAGAUAGUUCAUGGGACAACUGGUUUUGGAACACACCCAAAUGAGGAGCUAUUGUUCGCUGAGGAUCAUCUGGAAGGUCAAGAUGUAUUGGAUAGCCAUGAGAUGAUCAUGUCCCAUCACAGGAGCUGCAGUCCUGACCUUCUGGAUAGAGGUGUGGACACUUCUUCUCCAAGGGAACGGUCUGACUUGAUUAGCAGUCUAGAGGCUGAGAGGUGUUGUGGAAAUAUAGCUGAUAAAGUUCAUCCUCAGAGAGACAUUUCAUCCAACCUGCUCUCUUCCUCACAAACCUCCAAUUUGGACAGCCUGUCUCUUGCACAGGACAGUUUUGCAAGCCCUAAAAUCACCGCCAGCUGGACAAUCAUGUUUGAAAAAGACCCAAAGAAGCCCAGGAAGAGGUCUUGCUUAGAUUCGCCGUCAGAGCCAAACGCAUCAAAUUGCUCCAUUGUCAACAAUGGCUGCCGUCGCAGUCGCCCAGCAGCAGUGGCUCGGUCCACUGCUGCUGCUCCUCCGACCGUGAUGCGUUCUCGCAUCCCUGUCAUGGCACGAUUCAUUACAACCGAAGAAACAAAGGCCCAGAUUGAUGAAUGUGUCGCAAAGCUCAAAGAAUUCCGUUUUUCACUCCGUCGUUUAUCACCAAGUGUUAUAGUUCCCAUGGAAUCUCCGGAAAAGAACGUCCUCCCUCCCCUCUCUCUCACCACGACCAAGCAGCAAUGUGGCCAUGUUGGGAAAACCCUGCGACUUUCAAUGGCUCCAAAUGGAGGAGUGAAGCCCCAGGCUGUUGUAAACCCUUCUGGGAAUUGUGUGAACAAAACCCAACAUCGCAAGCUUGGAUUCUUUGGAAACAAAUGCCGGUUAGAGAAACGUGGGCCCAAGCCCCAAAUAAUGAAGGUUGGAACUUUGAAGGGGAAACGGCAGCCAUGUUCAAAGCCAUCCGACAUCCGUGGGACGAAGGGCGCUGCAACAAAGAUUGUCUGUAAAGACAAGCCACGUCCAUUUGCAAAUCCUUCAGAGAAAAUGUCUCUCUUCUUUCAGUAUAACAGUGCAAAUGACUGGACAAAGAAAAUGGAAGGUUUCCAAAUCGUUCAAGCUCUGGCGAUCAACCACCCAUAUACCCUCCAGCUGAAACUCCACGGGGUCUGCCUCGCACUCGAGCAAGGCGUGUCCAACCUGCGCUCAGCUGUCGCAGUCAAAGCAAUAGACACGAUAGCUGUGCUUCACCUUCAAAUGGGAAAGGAGAUGGACUGUGUUGCGGAAAGGAUAGGCCGCGCCCUGCUUCUGACCUUCUCACAGACCAUCAACAAGUUCAUUCAUGAAAGGGCGGACCACGCUCUCGACACGCUGGUGGAGAACUGCAGUCCUGAGAAGACGUUGAGCUCUCUGCUGAACACUGGACUGGAUCACCGCUGUGCUGCUGUGAGGGGCAGCGCUGCGAAGCAUCUCCACCUUCUGACAACCAUCAUUGGAGAGAAGUAUUUCCUUCGACCAAACAACAGCUUAUUUGUGGAAACUUUCUUCAAAGCCGUGUGGAAAAUGUCUGCAGAUGCUGCUCAGGAUGUCAGGCACUACGGGCGGGAGAUGUUUCAAAAACUGUGUCAAAAAGAGAAGUUUCAAGAGCUGUGGAGGAAAAUCAUCCCGGACAAAGACCUGGGAUUAUUUAACAAGCUCCACUGCACCAUUUAGUGGCGCAACUUGGUCUCGUUGUCUGAGACAACUUCAACUACACGGCAAACACCAAUCAUAAACCGUGUUUGUGAAAUUACCAAGUGUUGUAACCAAUCAUUUCUUGGUGAGGUAGCACUCCUCUGCUGCCUUUUUGUUUUUUGCAAGGGUUGUUGAGACGGUGUUGGUCGCUCAGUGAGCUCACGUUUAAGGAUGUGGAUGACUUUGUGAGGGAUAUGUUCGUGUUUGUCUGAUUUGAAGCCAACUCUCAGAACGCCCCGCUUUCCAUGAUGUGGACAGUCAUGCCUUCUGUUGAAUUCCAGACCUCAGUCCUUGAGCCUGCAUGUAGAGCUGGUUCAGUCACCUUCCUUGCUUGAAUCAACCCCUUUAAAUGUUGAACUCUUGGGUAACUAAUCCAGAUCUCUUGUCCCCACAGGUCAGUGAAUUCUCUUCUUUUUGUCAGGUGGCAGUGUCUCCCAUUAACAGAUGCUACACAGGCAAUGUAUAUUAAACAAUAACUGCAUUUAAUAAAUUCAGUUUUUAAAGUACGUUACAGGAAGCCAAGUAUAAAGUUGAUCAAAGGUAUGUGUCGGUUUAAUGUGAAAUCUAAGGUACAGUACAAUGACGAAGAAAUAUCUGGAUGUUAGCUCCAAAGAUUGCACCAGGUUUGGGUCCAGUGACUCAUAUUCAAGUAUUUGACCUGAUGUUGAAGACAAAUGGCUGGAAAUGUAGCUUAUAUUUCCACACAGGAUACUCACAUCAAAUGUAUAGUCUAAAAAAAUGCCAUGAAAAUAAGUGUGUUCUGGGUUCUGAACCUGGGAAAGAAGUUUGAAGUACAAAAGCGAUGAAUACUUUUGCAAAGUUUUGUGCGCAUAACCUGUGUUUAAAUCAUCCCUCCGAUGGACGGCAGAUUCAAUGACCUCUUUUGACCUCUCCCUCAACAAUUACUUCACAGUGACUUGAAUCGUACUUCACUUCCCCUCCCACCACUGUCUCCCUGAGGUCUCUGUUGUUGGGCAGUUGUCUGCGAUGAAUGCACCACAGCAACCAGCGACUCCAGUUCAGCCAUGCUCAUUAGAGCUGCUGGUGGUUGCCACGUGGAGCAACUGGAGAAAAGCUCCAGGCAGCAAGCAUCUGCCCUGCAGAGCCGCGCCAAAGUUGCAACGUGAAGUGACAGUUUGCUGACAUUUGCAUCCAUAUGACUCAUUCCAGCCUCAACAUGAAUGGCAGUAUUCAGCGCCGCUUAUCUCAACCCUUCUUUGUGAGGAGCCUCAAUCUCUCGCAGAGGAACAGUGAGGAUUAGACCAAAAAAUGGGAAAUGAUAAUCCCUCAAUGGAAUCUCAUCCAGCCUUUCAAAACCACUGCUUAUAUAAAGAAUGCUUGCGAGCGCUUGAACGUCCCUCACCAGGAGAGGGAUGUGUAGGGAUUGCGUUGACGCAAAUCACUCGGAAAGUGUUGGAUAUUUUCUUUGCUGACAAAUAAAAAUAAAUCACAUGUCAGAGCGACGAUGCCACUGACGUAUGUUUCAUUAGCAAAUCAAAAACUACAAUCACAGUUUGUGUGGCUUUUAAUCCGGUGGGUGGUCUGUGUAGGUGUGUGUGUGCGCGUGUGCAUCAGCCUGCCUUAUAAAAGGUCUGGAGGUCGAACUAUAAGUCAAUAAAGAUCAGAGAA